AAUGGAUAAAUAACCAUUAUUACAAAACUUUACAAUCACUCCUAAUGAUUUAUUCUAGAUUAUCAGUUCUUAAAACACUUCACAUACAGCACUUUCUCUAUCCAAAUUGUUAGAUAUAGAUUUACAGGUAUUCUUUAUAUUAAAUUACUUACAAGAUUGGACUUGACUCUUUUAAUCAUUUAGAUAUUCAAAAACGAUAGAAGCAGUAAAGAUUUUGAAUUAUCUUAGGUUUGGUGUACAUUAAAUUUAUUAUUCACAAACUAUUCGAUAUUAAGUUAAAUAUUGUCUAAAUUUAAUAGUUAGUCAUUCAAAUUAUUAAGAAUAAGUGGCAUUAAAUCUUUUUUGCAAUCACUCUCAUUAAAUUAGCAUCAUCCAUUUUUAUUACUAAUUCUGAUAAUGUAUAUUAACUAAAUAUUAUAGGAAAGAAUGGAGUCAAUCUUUAUUCUUGUUCUAUCGUUAUUCCAAUUACUUAUGAGAAUUUUUAAAACUGACAAUUAAGAAAUACUAUAAUCUUUAAGAUAAAUAUCAAAUCAUACAGUUAAAUUAAAGAGAAAUAAUAAAGUGAUUAAUAUAUCAUCCGAUCAAAUAGUAGUUGGAGAUAUUCUAAUCUUUAAAGAUGAUCAAUUAAUUGAAGUUGAUGGUGUCCUUAUAUCUAAUACAUCAAAUGAAACUUUACUUUUUGAUACAAAUACUAAUAAAUUGCCAUUUAUAAGAUCAGGUUCUAAAGUUUUACAAGGCAAUGGAUAAUUAUUAGUAUUAGCUGUUGGAAUUAAUACUUAUCAUAUGAGAAAAAGUGAAUUAAAUAUAUAACAUGAAUACAUUACACCUUUACAAGAGAGAUUAAAUCAUCUAUAAUAAUAAUUGAUUAAACUAUUCUUUGUUUUAUCAAUUGUUCCGUUGAUCAUUCAAUUUUUCAAUUAUUGUUAUCAUUUAGCAAUAUAAGAAUACUAAUUCUAAUUUAUUGAUUCUAUUUAUUCAAUCAUUAAAUAAAUCUAAAUAUCUAUCCUACUAUUUUUAAUGGUGAUGAAUGACAAUUUAUCCAAAUUUAUAUCUACUUAUCUUUAAAUUAAUUAAAAGAGAAUGAAAAGAGAUCGUAUCAAAUUUCAAAGACCAAGUUCUUGUGAAAUACUUGGCAGAAUUAAUAAUAUUUGUACUAGUAAAACAUCUAUUUUAACUUAUGGAAAUAUUAGAUUAAUCAAAAUAUAUGCUGAAGAAUAACUUUUAUCUAAAUUUAAUAUUAAAAAAUUAAGAUAUUCAACUAUUUAAUUAAUAUAAGAGAAUAUUUGUUUAAAUUCAACUGCUAAUCCUAAAAUUACAUAUAGAUCUAAUGAUAUUACAGUUUUUGAAAAAUUUGGAAAUGAAAUCGAUUGUGCUUUGCUUGAAUAUUGUCAUGAAUUAGGAUAAGAUUAUAAAUCUAUACGGAAAAAUUAUUAAAAUUAAAUUGUAUAAUAUUUUUAAUUUAACUCUGAUAGAAAAAUAAUGAGUGUCCUAAUUAAAUUAUAAAAUAAAUAUAUAUUAUACACAAAGGGAGCUCCAGAAAUUAUUUUAGAAAAUUGUUCUGAAUUUAUAAAUAAUAAAGGAGAUAUUUAAAAGUAAUUUAUAAUGAAUAUUUUUAAAGAUUAACUGAUUAAAAUAAAUUAUAAAUUAAAAAUUAAAUAAAGAAUUUUGGUGAAGAAAGUUUAAGAACAAUAUGUUUGGCUUAUAAACUUCUAGAUGGGAAUUUAAAUAUAAAAUUAUUAUAAGAAAAAUAAUUAGAGAAACAAUUAAUAUUUGUAUCAUUAAUUGCUUUAGAAGAUGAAUUAAGAUAAGGUGUUUAAAGAUCUAUACAAUAAUGCAAAGAAGCUGGAGUAAUAGUGAGAAUGAUAACAAAUGAAAGUUUAGAAUGUUCAAUAUCAUUGAGUAAAAAGUGUGGAAUAUUACCAAUGAAUUAUUAACAUUAAAAAGAUUCUAAAAAAGUAAUGACUGGAAAGGCCUUCAAUGAUUUAGUAAAAGGAAUUACAUACAAGAAAUAAGAUGGUUAAAUUAUUCCAAAAAUUGGUGAUAUGGAUUCUUUUGCCCAAAUUGCUGCAGAAUUAAGAGUCUUAGUAAGAGCAAGUCUCGAUCAAAAAUUAGCAAUGAUUUAAGGAUUAAAAGAAUUAAAUUAUGUUGUUGGAACCUUUAGUCAUAGUAAUGAACCUGCCUUUUAUCGUCUAGCUGAUGUUGGAUUCUGUCAGAAUUCUAAAAUGAUUCAAUAAUAUAAUCAUAUGGUUAGUGUUUCUGUAUUAGAUGAUAACUUUUCUUCUGUCAUCAAUUCAAUUUAUUGGGGUAGAAAUAUUUUUGAUGCAGUUAGAAAAUACAUCUAAUUCAAAAUCACUCUUCUAUUAUCUCUAUCAAUUCUUUAAACCUUUAGCAUUUUUCAUUAGUUUAACUAAGCCUAAUUGUUGUGGAUAACAUUUUUAAUUGAUUUUACAGCUUUCUUUAUGUAUGCUACUGAAAUACGUAACUUAAUUUUUAUAUUGAACUAGCUAAUAGAAGGUUAUAUGAAAGGCAGUAAAACGAAAGAUAUCAUUUAAUUACUUCUAAUAUGUGGAGAAAUAUUCUUUCGUAAAUAAUCUAUUAAUUAUUGGUUUUAUUCACCAUUUAAAUUACUACUUAUAAAUACAUUCAAAUGAAAAAUAGCGAAAAUUGUUUUCAUUUUAAUUUAAAAUCUCAUACCAUUUUAUUUAAUAUUUUUGUCUACUUUUAAAUAUUUAAUUUGCUUAUUUCUCAUAAAAUUCGCAAAACAGAUAUUAGUAUUUCAAGUAACAAAAAAGAAAGAGCAAAAUUAAUUAUUUAAAUUUUUUUAAUAUUUUUGGUUUAAUAUUUUGUUGUGUAAAUAUUUAUUAUUAUCUAUUUUUAGAGAACACUGUAAUUUUAUUUUUACUUUAUCUAAACUUACUUUAAAAGAAUAUUUUGAAUCACUUUUGCUAUCCUCUUUAAGUUGUGUAGUCACGUAUUUAUAUUAAAUAUAUUAGAUACUUAUUUUAAUUCAUAAAUGAUAAAUAUUUUAAUUGGAUUAGAUUAUUUCGAAGUUAAGAUUAAAAAAAUCAUUACUCAUCUUUUGACGAAGUAAUAUUUUUUUUAUUUGAAUCAUAGUUCUUGCAGUUUAAAUCAAUUCUUCGUUAAAUCAAAAGUUAUCCAACAGAAAAGGAAGAAGAUAGUGAAAUAGAACUUGUAGAAAAAAAAUGA